CCUUUAUAAAAUGGAAAACAACAAAAAUAAGCACUGAUUCUGAACUGUACAGAAAUCUCCGUCCGGGCCUGUGGCUGUACGACUCUCAGUGCUGUGGUAACUAGGACCGCAGGCUCGCUCACAGUGAUUUGAACAGGGAGGAGGGGGUGAGAAUCACGACACUAUUGCCAUCAGACAGUUUACUACUGAGCUGUGAAAACGGGCCAGGAGCCAAAAGCUGCUCUCUUCAUGAAGCAGGUGGAUCUGAAGAUCAUUAUCCUCGGAUCACUUGGAGUGGGAAAGACCUCCCUGCUACACCAGUACGUGCACAGCAAGUUCUACGAGGACUAUCAGACCACGCUAGGAGCCAGCGUCCUGUCGAAGAUCAUCACGGUGGACAACAGCGCUGUCAAGCUGCAGAUCUGGGACACGGGCGGACAGGAGCGGUUCCGCUCGGUGGUGUCUACCUUCUACAAGGGCUCGGACGGGUGUGUGCUGGCCUUCGACGUGACCGACCGCGAGUCCUUCGAAGCUCUGGAGGGCUGGAGGCAGGACAUCCUGGACAAGACCAGCUCCCGGGACCCCGGCUUCCCCUUCGUGGUGUUAGGGAACAAAAUUGACCUCAAUGACAGACAGGUGUCCAGCAGUGAUGCCUCCUCAUGGUGUGAGGACAGGAAUCUCCCCUACCUGGAGGUCAGCGCCAGGGACAACAUCAACGUGGACCAGGCCUUUCACACAGUAGCCAGGCAUGCACUGAUACAGUGCAAAGAGGGAGCAGUGAGCUACAUGACUGACUCCAUCAAACUGAAACCUGAAAAGGAAGGGAAGAAGAAGAAGAAGAAGAAGAAGAAAUGCUGCUCUUAAAAAACCAAACAAACACAUCGUACAACUAAAACCUGAACGUAGCCCCACCAGUAAGGGAUAAUGCUUCUACAUCUUCAGUCCAUCAGAGGGCGCUACUGUUCCACAUCACUUCACUUGUAUAAGAUGCAGAAUUUAUUUUGUGCAAUAAGAAAACAAAAAAUAAUGCAAGGGCACCCCUCUUGCAACGAUCUUCAAGAGCGCAUUACUGACGGACAUGUGCAGGGAAAGCGAUUCACUGUAACUAAUACUGAUGGACUACACCUUUGAGCUAUAGAUCCAAGUUAGGAUCUUCUGGACUUUGUGAAGGUGUUCUGUAAUGCAGGAUACAGUGCUGUGUGAGUGUUUGUGAGUGUGUGUGUGUGUGUGUGUGUGUGUGUGUCUAUAGUUUGUUUUAUUAAAGAUUUUCACAGCUGUA